AUGGGUAGAAGACCACAUAAGUGUUAUCGAAAAUUAAACAAGAAAGCUUACAUAAAAUCUAGAUUUUGUAGAUCUGGACCAGAAAGUAAGUUAGCAUUAAAUGAUCUCGGUAAUAAGAAGGCAUCAGCUUUGGCAUUCCCUGCCAGAAUCAAUCUCAUUAAUUUAGAAGAUGAGCAUAUUUCUUCAGAGGCUUUAGAAGCUGCUCGUAUUGCAUGUAACAAGCACUUAGUAAAAAAUAUUGGUAAAGACAACUUCCAUUUGAGAAUUAAUAAACAAGCUAUAACUGUUCUUAGAAUUAACAAAAUGAUGUCUUGUGCUGGUGCUGAUAGAUUACAGGCUGGUAUGAGAAACUCGUUUGGUAAACCAUACGGAAGAGCUGCUCGUGUAUUUACAGGUGAUCACGUAAUUGAAAUCAGAACUAAAGAUAAUUUCAUUGGACAUGCUAGAGAAGCUCUUAGAAAGGCAAGUAAUAAACUUCCAGGGGGUCAACAAAUUCAAGUAUCUCAAAAACACGGAUUUACUGGUUUGUACCGAGAAGAAUUCCAGAAACUUCAUAAUGAAAGGUUGUUACUUGCAAGAGGUGCAACUGUUAGUGUAAUUAGACCAAAAGGCCCAAUUAGUGAAUUUUUAUUAAAGAAAGAAAGAGCCUUAGAAUAA